UUGGUGCUGGCAUCUAUGUCCUGGUAGGAACUGUGGCUCGUGAGCAUGCAGGACCAGCCUUGACAGUUUCGUUUCUGAUAGCUGGCAUUGCUGCUGCCCUUUCAGCCUUGUGUUAUGCUGAGCUUUCUUGCCGGUUCCCUUCAGCAGGAAGUGCUUAUCACUAUUCUUACAUUUGCAUUGGAGAGAGUUUUCUUCUGUACUUGUGGACAAACUACUAUCAGUGUUGCUUGGCUGAUUGGCUGGGCUUUGAUUCUGGAGUACACAAUCGGUGGAUCAACUGUCGCGCGUGGUAUCUCACCAAACUUGGCUCUCUUUUUUGGUGGCCAAGACAACUUGCCCUUCUUUCUAGCACAAGUGCAUAUUAAAGGGCUUGACACCGCAGUUGAUCCUUGUGCUGCGAUUCUUGUCCUGAUAGUUACCGCAUUACUCUGUCUGGGAAUCAAGGAGAGCUCACUUGUAGAAGGCAUCAUCACCAUUGCAAAUGUUGCAGUCAUGCUGUUUAUUAUUUGUGCUGGUGGAUGGUUAGGAUUCCAGAAUGGGUGGCCUGGUUAUAAUGUUCCAAAAAGCUACUUUCCGAACGGUGCCAGCGGGGUUUUUUCUGGAUCAGCAACUCUCUUCUUUGCAUACAUCGGCUUUGACGCAGUCGCUAGCACAGCUGAGGAGGUGAAGAAUCCUCAACGUGAUCUUCCACUGGGGAUGGGUUUGACCUUGUCAUUGUGCUGCUUCCUCUACAUGAUGGUUUCUGUUGUUAUUGUUGGUCUGGUGCCAUAUUAUGCAAUGGAUCCUGACACCCCUAUUUCAUCUGCAUUUGCUCAACAUGGAAUGCAAUGGGCAGUGUAUAUCAUUUCCAGUGGGGCAGUUCUUGCUCUCAUAGCAUCGUUGAUAGGCGCUAUUCUCCCUCAGCCAAGAAUUGUGAUGGCUAUGGCAAGAGAUGGACUGCUUCCACCAAUCUUCUCAGCUGUCGAUCAUCGAACUCAAGUCCCGACCUUGAGCACUAUCUUGACCGGGAUAUGCUCUGCUAUCCUUGCUUUUUUUAUGGAUGUGUCACAGUUGGCAGGGAUGGUAAGCGUGGGCACGCUAUUGGCAUUUACAAUGGUUGCCAUUUCUGUUUUAAUAGUAAGAUACGCUCCUCCAGAUGAAAUGCCAAUGGAAGGGCAUGAUCCAGGCUCACUUGAAUCACUAGCUUCACAGGCUGGGCAGUCAGAGCUAGAUGAGGAUAUUUUGGGGGAUCCUUUUGGCAAUGUUCAAGAAGGACCUACUGCCAGUGAGGUCGUCAAUAUGGUAAGGCGACAAAAAGCCAAACGAUGCAUAAUACUGGUAUGCAUUGGAGUCAUCAUCUUUGUUUCUGCGGUUUCUUUCUCCUCUUUGCCGUUAUAUAUACAACACACAAUAUGUGCCUUUAGUGGGUUGCUUUUGCUCGGUUCUACCAUUGCACUUUCCUGCAUUGGACAAGACAAGAACUCUUUAAGAAAAAUGGAAGGUUUCAUGUGCCCAUUUGUUCCUAUACUUCCAGUAUGUUGCAUCCUCAUCAACGUAUACCUUCUGAUGAACCUUGGGAGUCACACGUGGAUCCGUGUUUCUGUAUGGCUGGUGGCUGGUGCACUGAUAUAUCUGUUCUAUGGCCGAAGUCACAGUUCAUUGACGACCACUACCUACCAGCGUGUAUCACCUGCAUAAGACAGGUGGGGUGUAUGAAGGUGAAGUUCCUCUGACAAGGUUGGCACUUCCAUGGUCAACCAAAAUGCUGCAAAGCCUUCAAACCAGCCAGAAGAAAUGACCAGUCAUACAUGGGAAAGACAUGUAUAGGCACCUCCAGAAAUAGCGUUGCAUGUUGAAUUGCAUAGGAUCUCCUUUUGUCAAUCAUUUUUUGGCAGUUUCGCCAACACAGGAACAAAGUAAUUUUCGAGGAAAAAUGUAGGAGUGGAAUCCAAAAUAUCCUUGGUGUUUGUAUCACUAUAUCCAAAAUAAUUUUGGAGUAUACAAUUUCUUCUUAAAUUUUUAAAAACGAAACAUGAGAUGUAACACCAUUUGAACUGUUGUUUUUGACGAGGACAUCCCUACUGAACUACUACCUCCGUCAUUACAAGA